CGUGUGUUUGAGAGCGCAACAGGAGACGGGAGUGAUGUAUGAGGAGGAGGUGGGCUGGGGACAUAAAGCAGCGUGUCCCGGGUCCACAGCCCACCUCCACCUCCUUAUUCUCUUCCUCCUCCUUCACUUCGCCGCCUCAAGCUGCUUUCUUUCAGCCGGAGGAGAGAACACUUCCAACGCGCUUCUGGAGCGAGGAACCCAACGACUCCUUUUGUGCGUCACCAUUUCCAUGAGAUACCCUCUUCCUUCGCUUUCCUCCUCAUUUUUAUAGAGCAUUUUAAAAGAUGCGUUCUUUUUCUUCGAGUGUAUGACGCAAGACUUCGGUAUGGUGAAACUGUUUUGAGGAACUUUCUUGGCACCGGCGGGGACCACUGAGGUUUUGCGCGCAAGAGUAGAUCUCCAAAUGAAUUAUAAAUAGUUUGUUUAUCGCAUACUGCUCUCAGAUUUGUGCAUUUAUACCAAACGGAGAUGUUUUCUUACGAGUUCUUUAUCUACGUCUUGGCCAUCGCCUGUCUCUUGGAGAUCCCCAGGGGCAGCAAGGCGGCGUCCUGCGAGCCCAUCCGCAUCCCCAUGUGCCAGUCCAUGCCGUGGAACAUGACCAAGAUGCCCAACCACCUCCAUCACAGCACGCAGGCCAACGCCGUGCUCGCCAUCGAGCAGUUCGAGGGGCUCCUGGGCACCCAGUGCAGCCCAGACCUGUUGUUCUUUCUCUGCGCCAUGUAUGCGCCCAUCUGCACCAUCGACUUCCAGCACGACCCCAUCAAGCCGUGCAAGUCUGUAUGCGAGCGGGCCAAGUGCGGCUGCGAACCGGUCAUGAAGAGGUACAACCAUACGUGGCCGGAAAGCCUGGCCUGCGAGGAGCUGCCCGUGUAUGACCGAGGAGUGUGCAUCUCACCUGAGGCUAUAGUCAAGGCGGAGGGGCCAGAUAAUCCUUACCAUCAGGACCCUUCCAAAUGUAACCCUGAGGGAAAUCCAGACUUCCCAAUGGAUUCACACAAUGGCAACUGCAAAGAAGCUAUUGAUCGAUGCAAAUGCAAGUCUGUGAGACUUGGUCAAAAGACAUACUUAAAGAACAAUUACAAUUACGUCAUCCGGGCAAAGGUGAAAGAGAUAAAGACUCGGAAUCAUGAUCUGAGCGCCAUUGUCGAGGUCAAGGACGUUCUGAAGUCUUCUCUGGUCAACAUCCCUCGAGACAUCGUCACCCUUUAUUACAACUCUGGCUGUCCAUGUCCUCCCCUGGCAGCCAAUGAGGAAUACAUUAUCAUGGGUUAUGAGAAUGAGGAACGGUCCAGACUGUUGCUCAUUGAUGGAUCGAUUGCACAGAACUGGAAGGACAAAUUGGGACGCAAAGUGAAGCGUUGGGACCAGCUUUUGCGCAAACAGACCAGAGCAAACUCAGGCAGGAGCAACACGAGACGGAGUCGCCACUAAUUUUCCUCCCAAAAAAAUCACACACAGACAAACCAAAGGACGAGAGGAGGUUCAUAAAACUGAAAAAUUGCACUAGUGUACUUUUUUUUUUUAGGCUGAGACUGUUUUUUUAAUUGUUGCUUUUUAUAUUUGCCUAAAACAUGUUGCCUUUGCACAAACAAAAUGUUCAUUUGACAUUGCUUUGUAUACUUGUUUGGGAAGGGUGUCGAACAUCGGGCAGUGUUUGCCGAUGAAAAUGGGAAUGUAUGGGGAAGGGAUAUUUUUCUAGCGCCGUUGAGGUGGAGAACCUCAAAAAUGCCAGCAUGCUUUGACAUGUUGCAAUGCUCCAUUAAGCUCUGUGCAUACAAUGGACACAAAACACUCAUCACAAGCUGAAGCUGCGCUGAAUUUUCCCUUUCGGAGGAUUAAACAUUCUUCAGAGAAAGAACAAUGCAGUGUGGGGAAGAGAAUCCUUUGGCAAAAAUCUCAGAGACAUCGAGAUCCAAGACUAGGAGCGUAACAUUAUCGUGGAUGACGAAAUUAAGCUGUUGGGCUUGCUGAAUGAUGUUCAUUAGAAGAAAAAAUUACAUUUUACAUGAUAUUUCUGUAGUUCUCUCUUAUAUUUAGAUGUGCAUUAGAUAUGCUUGAUCCUAAAUGUCAUUCCUAUAGGAAGAAGUUGCAUAUAAACCCAUGCAAUGUUGAAUUAUUGAAACAGCUAUUAUUGUAAAAACACAUUUUCAGUGGGUCUGGUUUCACAUACUGUACACAACUCACUAAAAAAUCUAACUUGAGUCCAUUAUACAGUCUAAUACUCCAUUUACAGCCCUUAUUAAACACUUCUGACUGGUGACAUGACCAUGUUAUGUUUUUAUGCAUUGUUAAUGACAUCAAUUUCGCAAAUGGACAUUUUGUCCAUUUGCAGUCACAGGCAGUCACAGGCACAAAAACACUAAGUAUGUCUGACUAAGUACAGGCACUUUAUACAUUUAUAGUUAACUCUUUGGUGUUUGGGGUGUCUGAAUGCAAAUGUAUCACCCACCGUCAUUUAAAUGAGAUUGUAUGACAAUCAAGUUUGUACUAGUUCUUUAAAUUGCUCAGUUCCAAUAACCUUUUUUAUACAACCUAGUCUCAUAGAAUCA